AUGACCUCACCUUCGGAAAAACUCGACGCCAAUCGGCGCGCUCCGCCGCUCCGGGCGCGGCUGAGGUUCGCGCCGCCUUAUCCGUCAGCGUGUGUCACGCAGGACAACGUGCUUCUCGGGACCGCCUUAUCCGUCAGCGUGACAACGUGCUCCUCCGGAUUAAUGCGAUAUCAGCAACGUGACUGGAAUCCGCGGGGGCGGUCGGUUGAAAAGGGCUUAAAGGUAACCUUGCCUCAUUGGCUUCCACGAAACGGAACGUAUUAUGGGACGAUAAGUUUCGUCAUCAAGCUCAUGUUUCAAGUGCGUCGAGCCAGCCCGGCGGCUCGAAAGGCCUUGGCGUUGCUUGCGCGUUUCUGCCGGCGUGCAGAGUUCCCCGAAAGUGGC